CUAUAUUAUGUGCAGAUAAUAUUUAAUUUGAUGUCAAAUCAGCAUCGUGAGGCAUUGAUGUAAUUGACAUUGUCAGGUUUAGCUGUCAACGGAUUUCGCUACUUGGCUCACACUUACUUCACCGGUUACGGCUGUAAAAUUAUAAUGUAAAAAUAUUUUUAUUUUGGUCUGACAAGACGUCUAUUCUCGCUUCCUAAUUUCAAGUUAGAGCAUCGAGUCGGUUAUCGUAAUUUGUGACGCGUGCGAAAUUAAUAUUGUGUAAAUUUUGAAUGAAACUCUUAAAGUUUUAAUAAUCCGUUGAACAGUUUUCUUUUUUUUACAAUAUAAAUAUUAAUUGCAUACGUAAUUACAGUGCUAACCUCACGAUAAAGAGCCAUGCCUUUUACCUUAUAAUAGUACCAUUUAAGUAGGAUUUUUUUUGAGCAAAAAUGGAUAGAGGAGAGAUAGAAAGCAGUGAUUUAUUAACUGGAAAAAUUGUAGCGAAGUUAGAAGAUACAAAUAAUAUACGAAAUGUUGCAAAAGAGCCACCCGACGGAGGUUUCAGAGCAUAUUCUAUUGUAAUUGGAUCCUUUCUAACAAAUGGCCUACUAUUCGGUGUAAUAAACUCCUACAGUGUAAUUUACACCGUGUUGAAACAGCAACUACUUGAUGAACACGUACCAAAUGCAGCGGCCAAAGCAGGGUUGGUGGGCUCGUUAUCGUUAAGUAUGACGUUCCUCUUGUCUCCAGUAUCCGGUGUGCUUACUGGUCUCCUUGGACUUAGACUAACUGCUGUCCUCGGCGGCACUGUGGCAACUGCAGGCUUAGUUAUUACUUCCUUCGUUGUUCAUAAUGUGGAAGCUCUAUACUUUACGUAUGGAGUCAUGUACGGUAUCGGUGCCUCGCUUGCGUACACUCCUUCUCUUGCAAUCCUUGGGCAUUACUUUAAAAAGUAUUUAGGACGUGUCAAUGGCUUCGUCACUAUUGGUAGCUCAAUUUUCACAGUAAUCAUGCCUCCCAUAAUGAAACAUACAAUUGAUAAUUAUGGCCUCGAAUGGAUGUUCAGAAUGCUGGCUGUCAUAACUAUCGGAAUUGCGCUAUGUGGCUUGCUCUUCAAACCUAUCCCAGUCGUUGUUAUCGAAAAGCCAUCCCAAGAGACAAAUACCAUCAAAACGAUUAUGAAGACAAUUCUCGAUGUACAAAUAUGGAAGAACCGCCAAUAUAGACUGUGGGCGAUUUCUAUGCCAGUAGCCCUAUUCAGCUAUUUUGUUCCAUAUGUGCACAUAGAGGCUUUUACUCUAGAGAACUUUAAGGGCAGUACAUCGAACUUGCCUCUGCAGUGUAUGGCUGCUACUUCCGGUUUGGGGAGGUUGAUGUUCGGCUUUUUAGCAGAUAGAGACGGGGUAGAUAGGAUUCUUUUGCAACAAAUAUCAUUUUACGUCAUCGGGUUGUUAAACAUAGUUCUGCCCUUUGUGAAGUCUUUUGAGCUUCUGCUUGUUAUUUGUUUAGGUAUAGGGUUGUUCGAUGGCGGGUUCAUAUCACUAAUAGGACCAAUAGCUUUCGAAUUUUGCGGCAGUGUAUAUGCAGCUCAGGCUAUUGGAUGUAUGUUGGGUUUAUCAGCAGUGCCUGUGUCUAUUGGACCUCCUGUGGCUGGCAGACUGAUUGAAAUGUAUAAGUCGUAUACACUACUCUUUGUGUUAAGUGGAGUACCUCCCCUCGUUGGUGCUACGUUGAUGUUUAUGAUACGGUUCCGUUCACGAAGUCGCCAUGUUAAAGAGGCUACAAAUGGACACGCUUUGCCAGCGCCUGAUGUUGAAAGUACACCAUCACUUCUACCAAACGGAGUGGGUCAGCAAACAUCAUUAUAACACUGGCUAGAACUGCAUUCAAAACUGUUAAUAAUAUAAGUGGUAACUGAAUCUCUCUACUAUUUAAAAAGCUCAAAAUACAACUGGCUAUUUGCACACAAUGGAUUGACCAUAGUCAUAGACGAAGUAUGUAUUUUUGACACAGAUUAUCAAAUAAUUUUAUAAUAGUUUAUCUGUCUGAAAUUCCACAGAAUGUAAUUAUUUAGUUAUUUAUUGAAAAUGUAAUUUGCAUGCACGUGAGUGAUUUGAAUUAGGACUGUACAAAAGGUGAAUUUUAUGCGUAGUCUAUGGUUAUGUUAUAUUGUAUACUUUACCUAAGUGCAUUUUAUCCUCGAAUUUGAUGUACAAAUAUGUACAAUCCUCUAAUUAUUUUUGGGUUUGUCAGGCACAAACUUUAGCUAUGUUUAUAAUAUCCAUAAUAUAUUGUUAUCAAUUCAUUUAUUUAUAUAAAAUCUAUAUAUUUUGAACAAAUGGGAUAUUGGUAAUUACGCUCAUGAACGUAAUGCAAGAAAGUAUAUAUAUUUUAUGUAUAAAUACAUAUGUAUGUAUAAAUGAAAGCAGAUAUAAAAAGGGACCACUAUGCUAUUUUAUUCAAAAAUUAACACUUGACUUAUUUUUUAUUUAAUAUAUAAUAUAAUCUUUAGGUUUUUAGAUCGCAACAAAAAACUAGAUUUUUGUUAUAUUAUGUAUCUACGAUAACAUCAAAUCUGUUAUCUUGUGAGUAAUUUCCUGUUCAAUAUAACUUUAUCAUCAAAAUCUGGUAGAAUUUAUAAUACUUUAUCGAUCUGGAGCUUAUAAAAGUAAAACAAUAGUUAAUGUUAGUUUUUUGUAUACGUAGCUUGUCUGUCUAGCGGGCGUAUUCAGAACGAAAGAUCAAACAUCGCUUCAUGUUUGCGUUUUAAACAAUGGUAUUCUGAAAUAUUAUUGUGACGUAUGUUUUCUUGUCUCACUUCUGUCCGGAGACACUCCUUUAUAUCAAAGUCCAAUAACCUUUUGACGUUCGGGAGACGGGCUUACCGCUUACUGAAUCUUACCAGACAUAAUUGUAUGCGCGUAUCUUAAGUCGGAGCGUCGCGCUGUCAUAAUUAGGUAUUCCAUUGAUUUUGUCUUAAAAAAUGGUCUGACAGAUGUCAGAAUAAAACGUAUAUGUGGUCAUCGUACGGCCUACUGUUUCAAAAUAAAAAAUAUCUGCCUGUGCCACGUGUUUAAACAUUUGUUAUUAUCAUGUCAAUAUCAAAUUUUUGAUUCUGAAUUUCUUAAAGACUUGACUUAAUUUCCUAUGACCCCUUGAUGUAAGCGCACUCUCGCAAAGGGCGUCCUGUUCUCUUUGCCUGCUAUGUAAUUGAAGGUCGCCAUUUGCUGGGUCGGCCAUACUUCUUUGCGGGUUCCAAUCAAGUUCUUAUUGCUUAAAGACGCAAGAUUAGAAAAACAAUAUAUUUUAAGAAAAAUCUACGCCCCGUACAAUUUUCUUAAAAUAUUUUUUACUUUUUAUAAAGCGAAGAACCUCUACUCAUAGUUUGAUAACCUAUUUAUCGGGUGACAAUGUAAUUAAUUGCUCACGAGCGUUGCGUCAUUGGCAUAUAAGAAUAAAAAGCAAAGCUUUUGAAUUUAAUAUAUUCCAAAAUAACGAUGAUGAUAUUGAUUUAUCCAAUUAGGGAAAGGACUUCAGUCCAUACAGUCAGGUAUUGUUCUUGGUAAUAAUUGAAGAAUUUUAGUAUUUCUAAAGGCCGAAACGGCGUAUUCAUUAUUCUCGGUAUUAUGGCCUAAGCCACUUCUACGAUGUUUUUAAAUUUGAUAAGAAACACGAGUAAAUUAUUCAAAACAAUUAAAUUGGCCGACGUCAUUUUAUAGUAUGUCAUAUCAACAAAUUAUUUUAAUCAGACCAUAUUAUAGAGUUAAAAUAUGGUUACACAAUGUUAAUAUAGAUGUCAUAAUAAAAUUCUUCUUUUUGUUUUUCUAAUUGUUAAAUAAUGUUCGUUAUCCCUCAAUGGGGAUCAGAUAGACUUUGAAACUUGCCCAAAAGUAUUUUUUCUCUACCAACAAGUCAAUGAAAUCCUAUUCAAUAAAACACCUUUUCGAUAAAAAACGAGAAUAAAAGUUAUAUGUAUAUAUCAGACCUAGAAUCAAAAUUUGUCAAUUAAAUUAUGUAUCUAUUUAUUGUAUAUAACUUCUAGAAUUGAGAUAAAUGUGAAAAUGUAAUGUGAAAGAUUGGUGCUAGAAAGCGACAUAUUUAUUAAUAUUUAGCAUAAUUAUAUGUAUUUUCACGCAAAUAACCAAUAUUUACUUGGUUUACUUUUGUGAUUGUGGUGGAAAGCUAUAAAACAUAUAUAAGUUAAUUUUACCUUAUCUAUUUACGAUAUUGUUAAUUGGAUAUGUGAAAUAGGAAAAUAAUAUCUAUUAUGUUAAAACCCGUAUGACAAAUCAAUUAAAUGUAAUAGUAGGGGAGCCCAAGCGGGGAUUUCGGGAUUUACCAAAGCGCGGCAUAUAUACAGGUACCCGUUUAAGUACCUCCACCAAACAUGAGGCCCAUAUAGAAGGCCGCCCGUGAAGGAUACAGGAUCAGAUUAGUAAAAAAAAAUUGUUCAUCAGAAAUUCUCGAGCGCAUCAGAUUAAGGUAGGGUGAGUUAAUUACACCCUAAAAAAUGUAUAUUCCACUAAUCUGACAAUUUGAGAGUGACGUAAAGAAAGGGGAGGGCAGCAAAGUUGUUAAAAACAAACCGUCAUCUCGACAUUCUCGAGCGUAGCUAAUUUUUUUUUUAUUUUGAAGGAAAUAAUUCAAGAAUAAUGAAAAAUAUAUAAUCUGACGAUUUCCGCAAGCCGAAAUGACAAAAAUUCGUCGAUAAAGUUAAAUGCGUGCAGCUGCGUGAUGCCUACAUUUCCUUCUCCGUGUUUCCCUGAAAAUUAGAUUUCCUGUGAAUUUGAACCGAUUCGGACCGAUAGAUAUUGAGAAAUUUUGAAAAAUCUCAUCGAAAGUGGUUUGUUUGGAAUAACUUUUAAACGGCUUUAUCCAUCAACUUCAAAAAAUCCACCUUUGAGCUUGAAAAACGACGUCGAUCGCUACCAAACUGGUCAAAAUCGGUUGAUUCGUUCGAGAGAUAUCGAAAGAUAAUGAAAGAAAACCGAAAAAAGUGUUUCUUUCGCAUAACUUCGACAUUUCAUAUCGGAUUAUCGUUUUUGCUUAAAAAUACGUCGACGGCCGUCAACCGCGUGAAAAUUGCUUGAUCCAUUCAAAAGUUAUUGGGGUUUGAAAAUUUCAAAAAUAGUGUUCUCUGAAACUUCUAUCAGACUUUCUUUAUUUUGGCUCAGCGAGCUCAACAUAUCACAUAAGUUUUGAGCUCAUAAGUACAAUUUUAAGCGCCCAGGAAUGGAAUUAGCGGGAAGUUGCAGGGAUGGCCUUUAGGGUGAACCGUUUUUAUAAUUUUUUUUUGUCAGAUCAGGCGAAUCUCUAGAUAAUCGUCAGAUUAUGAGACAGUAAGUUUAGAACACAAAGAUGAACCAUAUAUCUCUUAAUCUGACGCGCUUGAGUAUUUCAAAAUGGCGUUUUUUUUGCACAUCACGAAAAUGGCCGUGAAUUUGCGUCCCAUCGAAAUCGUCAGAUUAGUGAAUGAAAGGUUUUUUUUGAUGCACUUAACACUCCCUUAGAAAAUCUGACGCGCUCGAUUAAAUUUUUUUUUCAUUUUCAACCCUUACGCUCGAGUAAAUCCCCAUUUAGCAUCGUGGGCUCCCAUACUAUAAUAUAUUUAGUGACAAUUUAAAUUGUUAAUCUAAAUAUUUUUUUUGAUGAGUGAUUAAUUUCAAUAUUACACUGUAGACACGUGUCUAUUUACGUAACUGAUAUCACUUAAUUUGCAUUUUAGUUUAAUUUAAAAUUUGUAUUGUUCUUGAUGUGUUAGAAGCAAAGAAUAGAGGGCGUUGAUAAAACUUAAAAUUAUAUGAUAGAAUUGUUAUAUUAGCCCCUCAAACUGCUAAAGUUCGUGUAUGAAUUUUUGAGUGUAAAAUGAAAGUGCUGUAGACUGACUGUAGUUUGAACUGUAGAAGUAAAUCAUCUCUUUCUAUUUAAUAGUGCUUACGCUGUGAUAGAAAGAGAUGAAGAAAAGCCUGAAUUUGAAAAAGGUACAACUAGGCUGAUUAUUAUUUUUAAUACACUAUAAGUAAUGGAACAAGUGUCUUUUGCAUCUACAGCAGUUUUAAGAGAAACAAUUCAAUCAGUGAUCUUUUAGAUUUUAAACUGACACAAUUGCAGCGCCUCUAUUUUUAUUUAUAAAAAUUCAGCAUAAUAAAGUUAAAAGUUUUUUUUUCUGAGACGUUAUGACAUCUGUUCUGUUCUGUGGUUAGAACUAUGACAGUUACCUUAAAAGUUCCUAAUUUAGGUUAUAUUUAGUAUAAAUUUUCAAAUAUUAUUAUAAUUUUAAUAGUUUUUAUUCAUUUCUAUUUACGUUUAUUACUAUUAUAUUUAUUUCUAUGUUCUAAUAUUAUUGUUUAUUUUUAUCUUAGCUAAAAUGAUUAUUAUAAAGACGCUAUUUCAAAUAAUCCGUUCCUACGUUUUAUUUAUAAUCUGUGGAGUUUUAAUCAGAAUCUGGUAAUAAAAUGACAAUUAUAGAUACAAAAUAUUAUAUUAAACUAAGAAACGGUACUUACUAUUUUUUAUUACAUUUCGUAUGUCAAAAAUAUUAUUUACACUAUAAUGUUAACUUAAAAAAAAAUUACUCCAUCAUUGUUAGCUGUUGUAAUUUAAUAUUAAUAGGUUUGCUAUUGUUCCUAUAACAUAGAUCUUAAGACAUAUAUUAUUUAAGUUUUUUGUAAGUUAAUUGUUAAAUCACGUUCCUAUGUUGGUUCCCAAUGAUGAAACGAUUUUUAUUUACGACAAUAUAUCCGAUAAUGCAGACAUGUAUUUAUUUACAAUUAAGAAUAUAUAAUAAAAUGUUACGCAGUAAACUUAUUGUGAUUAUUUAAAAGUAACACUAAAGAAAAUCUGCGUAAAAGUGAAGCAAUUCAACGGAGGGCCGUCUAUGGGAGUGUGAUUGAUUUUUAUGAGCUGCGGAUAUCACUAUAUUGUACCAUGUGAGGUCAAAUUCAGGACCACGUAGUAAUAGGUUAUGAGCCCUAAACGAGGUGGGAAAUUUAACAUAGUUUCAGUCGCAAUAUAUUCCUAAUGUAGUGCACUUCAAGGGGCCAACUAGGGGCCGUUCAAGUAUUACGUAAGCAGAUUUGCUGCAUUUAUCCCCCCCCACCACCCUCUUGUCAGGAAAAGUAAGCAAGGCUCUCCAAAAUAAUAGUACAUAAGCAUAUUAAUUUUUUGUAACAACCCUCGAAAAUUCAUUUAGUUUUCAAGCAUAGACAAUGUGUGGGUAAUAUGUGUAAAAAAAUAAAUAAUUAUUCUUGACUUGGUGAUUACCAAAUAAGAAAAUCAAGGAACCCCCCCUCGACCCUAUAGUGUUUAUGUAAUACUUGAAAGGCCCCUUCAAUCUGGAAAAAAUGAUAGGUAGCUUUAUCGAAAACCGAACUCAUUUAAUAAAACAUGCGAUUGACGUCAAUAUACAAGUAAUUACUUUGUUUAAAUGUGACGCAAUUAUUACACCAUAUGAUAAAUAAAAUGCCACUAAAUACUAUUAAAAUGUUAUUUAUCCGUUACAAUAAGUGUGUGUGUUGAACAAUUAAAUUACAACAAUAAAUUGUAUAAUUUGUCAGUGAAAGCGUUAGUGAAUAAAUUUUAUCUGUUUUUAGUACGAUUUAAAGUGUCACGUAUACACCUCAAAAUACAUAUAAUUUUAUUAAAAGUAA